GAUUAUUUUAUAAGGCAAAGCAAUUGCAUGUUCCUGCCUCAAAGAAAUGUAAGAUUAUAACUGAACAUGCGUCUAAACAAACAUUUUGAUGUUAUUGUGCGAACACUUACUGUCUGUAAAAAUGAAGAAGCACUUUUCUGCAAAAGAGUGUUCAGGAAACUGAUUAACAGCAUCUGACCAUGUGACAGCAAAUUUCCCUUUUACACUGAAAGCUUCAUAGUGUCAUUUGAUUAUUGCCUGUAAGCUGCAGUCAUGUAUUUAGACAUUUUUAAUCAGUCUUACUGAAUGAGUUAUUUUUAUUUGUGUUUUUAGAAAGUGGUUUAAUUCGUGUGAAUCUUUUGUAAGUGGUUUUGUUUGGAUUGUCCUGGUCUCAUUAUGGGGCAGACAGUUAAAAAUAUACUUUAAAAAGGGGAAGGAAAACAGCAGAAGAAAGUUUUCAGCUUGCAUUUGUAGUUUCACUCUCCUGGAAUCUACUGGCUGAAACUACAACACGUGAUGUCACUGAUUACAGCUCCUCCUCUUCCUCUGCUGUUUCUGCUCAUGAUUCCAGGAAUUUAUGGCCAGUAUGGUGGGGGUCAAUGGGGUGUGAUUUACAGUCCUUCACACAUCUGUGCACUGCAGGGGUCAACAGUGACAAUGAGCUGCACUUUUACUUACCCUUAUGGAUAUCAGAUCAAGAAAGUGUUCUGGACCAAAACAAAUGUUAAAAAUUCUGAUCAAGAGUUUCCAGCUCUGUCUGAGGAUCCUGAAUACAAACAGAGGCUUCAGUAUCUGGAAGACACACAGCAGAACUCCACCAUCAGACUGAGUCAUGUGACACAGAAAGAUUCACGCAUGUACUAUUUCAGAUUCACAACGGAUAAACCUGAUAAGAAAUGGAUUGGUACUCCAGGAGUGACUCUUACUGUCACAGAUCUUCAGGUGGAGGCUCCUGAGAGAGUGACAGAGGGUCAUAAUGUCAGUCUGACAUGUAAAAGCAGCUGCACUCUGACUGACAGAGCAACAUUCAUCUGGUACAGAAACUCACAGCCAUUAACUGAGAGAAGAGACAGAAACAAUCAACUCCUGCUGCAGUCAGUCAGAAGAGAGGAUGCAGGCAGAUACAGCUGUGCUCUACAUGGACACAGUUACAUCUCUCCUGCUUUGCAGCUGAAUAUCAGAUAUCCUCCAGAGAAUCCUGUGAUCAUCAUCAGUCCAUCUGGUGUAAUAGUGGAGGGAGAUUCAGUGACUCUGAUCUGCAGCAGUGAUUCGAACCCUCCUACAGAAAUCGGCUGGUUUAAAGGAGGAAUGUUUGUAGGAUCUGGAAGAAUCUACAGCAUCUCAAAGAUCAGCUCUGAUCACAGUGGAGAAUACAAGUGCAAGUCCAGAUAUGAAAAUAUAGAUAAAUACUCUGCUGGUGUGACUUUAAACAUCAUGUAUCCUCCCAGGAACGUCUCAGUGUCUAUAACUGGAUCUGGUGUAAUAGUGGAGGGAGAUUCAGUGACUCUGAGCUGCAGCAGUGAUUCAAAUCCUCCUGCUCUGAACUUCAGCUGGUUUAAGGAGAAUCAAAGCUCAGCUGUUGGAUCUGGACAGAGUUUCAGUGCACUACAGAGUGGACGCUUCUACUGUGAGGCUCACAAUCAACAUGGAUCUCAGAGAUCAGCGGCGCUAUCAGUAACCGUGCCUCAUGGUCUGGGUUGGCAUGUCUGGUUGGGAAUCACAGUGGCAUGUGUAGGAUUAUUCAUUAUUAUCAUCAUCGUGUUCAUAAUGAGAAAACGAAGAGGUGCAAAAGCUGAAGAUGUCACAGUAAAACAGGAUGACCUGUACUCUAACGUAACUGAGAGGGACGCUCGCGUGUCUGAAUCAGCCAUUUGUGAUGCCACUCCGUAUGCCAGCGUUUCAUUCAGCAAACCCAGAAGAGAUGGAGACAGAGAAGCUGAGGAGAUCCAGUAUGCGACUGUCCAGCAUCACAAAAACAAACCGAUGAAGAGAGCAGAGGAGAGCGAAAACCAGUACGACAAUCUCAGGAUCCACCAACCUGCUGCUGCCGUGAGGCGAUCGGAUGUGGAGACUGUGGAAGAGGUCUCUGUGAUCUACAGCCACGUCAGAUGAAUGACAGACCGUCAUGAAGCCUGUGUUCAUCUCAGCUGCUGGGAAAAGCAAAAGCCAAAGAUAUUUGCUGAAUAUGAACAAAUAUUAAUUAAUGUCAUUGAAAGUUUGGCUGUUUAAUUUAGAAUGCAGUUUAACAACAUUUAUGGCAUGUUAUUCCUUAAAUCAGGUGAACAGAUGAAAUAAAAAAUAAAAAUGAUGCUGUGAUGUGAUGUGGGAAUGUGUUUAAGGAUGAAAUGAUUCAAAUUUUGAUUUCAAAUGUUUCUGUGACCAAAUAAAUGUAUCAGUUUCACCAAA